UACUAUGUUGGUAUCCACUGUAUGUAGUAAUAACUCGUGGUUAUUUGUUUAUAUGUCAACCAUAACCUAACCAGCCACCUCUGUUACACUUAAAAAACAUGACUACAUAAUUUACAAGAAGUGCUAGUAUAUACCUUUGAGUUACAUCUAUGUUUGGUGUGAUAUGGCACAAAGGGUGGCUAACUCACUGUACAAUUUUCGAGAAACUUUUCGUGUAGUAAACAAAGAUGUUCUACGAUGGUUCCCAGGUCAUAUGGGUAAAGGUUUACGACAGAUGCAACAAAGACUGAAGCUAGUAGACUGUGUAAUAGAAGUCCACGAUGCUCGUAUACCUCUAUCUGGACGUAAUCCUAAUUUCCGUCACACUGUGAGUGGAGUGAAACCUCACAUACUUGUUCUAAAUAAGAAAGAUCUCUCAGACCUGCAGAUGAAAUCAGAAGUGGAAGCUGUCUUGAGGAAAGAUGGCUUUAACCACAUAUUUUAUUCCAAUUGUAAGGAUAGUAAAUGCCCAGGAAUGAAACAGAUCAUUCCCGCUGUAGUGAAAUUAGUCUCUUCCUCUGAACGGUAUAAUCGAAGUGAAGAAAAGGAUUUCUCUGUUAUGGUUAUUGGUGUGCCUAAUGUUGGAAAAUCAUCACUUAUAAAUGCGCUUCGAUCUAAGUAUCUUGGUAAAGGAAAAGCAGCUCCAGUUGGUGCAGUUGCUGGCAUAACACGCAGUGUUCAGAAUCGCAUUAAAGUGUCUGAUAAACCUCUGGUUUAUUUGUUAGAUACACCAGGUAUUCUAACUCCAAAUAUUUCAGACACUGAGAUGGGACUUCGACUGGCUUUAUGUGCUUGCCUCCAGGAUCAUUUGGUUGGUGUUGAAAUCAUUGCAGAUUACCUUUUGUACUGGUUGAAUAAAAACAAUAAAUUCAGAUACCUGGAAAUCAUGGGUCUGGAUGAACCAACAGAUGAUAUCGGAACUGUGCUUACCAAAUGUGCUGUGAAGCUGGGGAAGGCUCAGCGGCGGCGUGAUGUGGUCGGUAGUGAAUAUGUGUGGAGACCAGAUCUCUCAGCUGCUGCCCACUAUUUCAUCAAGGCGUUUCGAAAUGGAGACCUCGGUCGAGUGAUGCUCGAUACACAACAGCUGACAUCAAGUGUAUCAUUAGUUGGUUCAUAAUUAAACUCAGUACAUGCUACAAAUUCUUACUGUAAAACUUAUGCCCUGUGCAGUGAAGUUAAGGGGAAUAAAAAAAUUGUUAAUAAUAGUU